AUGUACAUGAACAUGUCUGGACAUGUGUUUGAUCCUGAUAAUUGGAAACUAGAAGCUGAAGUAGUAAUAAAUGACGUAAAAGACCAUGUUAAAACACUAGAAAUAUCUGAAAAACUUGGUAGUGAUUAUAAUGUUAUUUAUUUAAAUCUUAUUACUAACGAGGGAAACAAUUAUUGCAUACAAUUAUCUGCACAAGGGUUUCGAGUAGUAGGCUACGAAUCUGAUGUAAAUGACCUAGACAGUGAAGUGUAUUUUGAAACCCCUUAUAGUUUGUUAAAUUCUGUUAGUCCUAGUUUCAAAGUAUCAUUCGCCAAUGCUUUGUUUAAAAAAUUAAAUGAACUAAAUUAG